UUUGUCUUUCAUCUUCUCUUUUCGUCGUUGCUGUUCGGCUUCGUUGCUUCGCAGAGGUGUAGAGAGUGCACGCAUCGCUUCUUCGGCUCCUUCGUGGUCGUUCGACUUCGCUCCUUCGACGACUUUACCUUCCUGUCGGAUCGGAAGUUACGACAUUUUGAUCGGAAGCAACAACGGGAGCUCGCUGGUUGUGAAGACAUGGUGAUCAAGAAAUCUAAGGCGCCCACUGUAGCUGUUGAAGGAGAAACUGCUAUUAAUGAUAAAAAUGAGAAGAUUGGUUCAUGGGACCAUAAGCAACAGGAGAACUUGGAGCAAGCACUUGCACAUAUCCCAUUUGAGGAGUUACAAAAGGCACGAGCUGAUGGCUCACAUGUUAUUCGACUCAAAACUGCAUACAUGCAACCUGAUAAACCUGGUCGUGCUAACAAGAAUAGGCCAAUGGAGAUGAGCAGCAAGGUCCGUGUUGGAAGAUAUAAAGAAGUUAUCCAAGCUCCAAAAAGGGUUGUUCGAGACCCACGAUUUGAAUCUCUAUGUGGAAACCUUGAUACUGAACGGUUCAGGAAUAGAUAUUCUUUCUUGUAUGAGGUUGAGCUUCCUGCAGAGAAAGCGCAUGCAGAAACUUCAGAAAUUGAUUAAGAAAUCCAAGGACCCAAAUAUCAUUGAAGAUUUGAAAAAUCACAUCUCUUGGAUUGUAAGUACUAUAUAUA